AUGGCCGACACAAACGCCCCGAAGCCGAGCAGCAGCGUCAAGCUGGUGCUCCUCGGCGAGGCUGCCGUCGGCAAGUCGUCGUUGGUCCUACGCUUCGUCAACAACGAUUUUCAGGAGAACAAGGAGCCCACUAUCGGCGCGGCUUUCCUGACCCAGAAAUGCAACCUGCCUUCGCGGACAAUCAAGUUUGAGAUUUGGGACACCGCCGGCCAGGAGCGCUUCGCGUCCCUAGCUCCCAUGUACUACCGGAAUGCGCAGGCCGCCCUCGUCGUCUACGAUCUCACCAAGCCCACGUCGCUCAUCAAAGCCAAGCACUGGGUCGCCGAGCUACAACGACAGGCGUCCCCCGGCAUCGUCAUCGCUCUCGUCGGCAACAAGCUGGAUCUGGCGGCCGAGUCCGCCGCGGCCGAGGGAGACGACGCCGACGACGCCGAAGCCUCCGGCGACGCCCGCAAGGUCUCGACCGAGGAGGCUCAAGCGUACGCCGAGGAGGAGAGCCUGCUAUUCUUCGAGACGAGCGCCAAGACGGGUCACAACGUGACCGAAGUCUUCACCGCCAUUGCGAAUGCCAUCCCCGAGACGUCCCUGAAAUCCGCGAGGGGUGCCGGUGCGGCGGGAGCCGCCACCAGGACCGCUGAGGAACAGAGAGUCAACCUGGGCGGCGGUGCGAGGGACGCCGGUGCCAAGGACGGGUGCGCCUGUUGA